AGGACAUCGCUUUUAAACUUGUUUGGAUGGCUUUUUUUCUUUUUUGCUACAGUGUGCACACUGAUUCUUUUAAAGGAUUACUUUUUUCAAUAAAGAGGAUUAAUUGAUUUUUUCCUGGACUGAGCCUAUUGUUUGGAGAAGAGUUCUGCUGGAGGCCGUUUGGCUGAAUCCUCUUGGACCAGUCUUCAGUGUUUGGACACCAGACGGAUCUCUCUAUGGUCCGGUGGGUAUGUUGCCGAUAACACCAACCAAUGGAUGCGACGGAACAUGCGGCUCCUUCUUGACCACUAUACGGUGACCCAAUCUAGUUUGCUGACUAACAUAAAAGAGUGGCUUGAUUCGGCUUGGGAACAAGUAUGUAAGUGGGCCCGAAACCGAUAUAAACAUAGAUUAAAAAUCGAUACGUUGACUGUGACUAAGAAUUUGAUUGUAAAUCAAUGUUCUUUUGAUCAGGAAGUGAUGGCGGUUUCUUCUGGCACCUCUGCUUUGACUUCUGUACAGACCCUUCCCAAUGUAGAUUUGGAUCGAUCAGAACAUGCAGGUUUUUCUUGUGAGCCCUCGUCUCGGAUCUCCACAAACUUGAUCCCACAGGUCCAUUCGACGGUGGUUGAUGUCAGUUUCUGCAAGGCCAAACCGGUCACGGUUGAGGCAGAGAUGCAUCAUUUGCCCACAGAGGAUUUGAUCCAAUUGUGUGAUACUCCAGAUAGAACUCUAGUACUUGGAGAUAAGAUUGUUGAUAGUGAGAUACAAUCAUGUGAUAUUGUCUUCAGUAAUGUAGCUGUCCCUAUAUCACAAACUAUUCUGCCUUGUACCCCUAAUUCUGACUCGGUGAAGGAGGCCGAUUCGGGAUCAGGUAAAGAGGCUGUGAUGAAGGACAUAAUAAAGGACUCUUGACCAAGGUCUUAUCUGAAGCCUCCUCAUUUUUAACUCCAUCUUCUUCCCGGCCUUCCGUAUCACCCCUGCGUUUGUCUGACAUUUCAGUGAAUGAUGCUCCGCUCCGAGCAGCUUCAACUCAACAGGCUGAGAUGGUUUUGGAGAGAGCUGGUUCUCCCCGUUUCCCUGUCAAACAUCCCAGAUCUACCAGAAAGAUUCAGGAUUGGCAUUUGAAGGUUCACAAACCGAUCGUAUUCAUAGGAGAUUCCAAUUUGGCUCGUAUUCCACAGUUUUAUAAUCCUUUGGUACAGAUAGACAGUUUUCCGGGUGCUAACUUCUUACACAUCGCUAAGGUCUUGCAGAAACUGACACCUAAUCCGAAUACUCAGAAGGUAAUCCUGGCUUUGGGCAUCAACAACAAAGAACAACUGCUCCAACAGACAUCUAAGAAACAGUUACAAGAAUUGUGGAGAUCGGCGGCGACAGCUUUCCCCAAUGCGAUGGUCUAUACCCCUGUGAUCCACUUCUCUGAUCUGCUCCCUGCCUCUCAACAGAAAAACCUGAAGAAACUCAAUGAGUUUAUUUGUACCAGUACUAAGUUUCUUACUGAACUUUCCCCUCUUAGGUUUAGGGUGAACCCUAAGGAUCCGGUCCACUGGACUAGGCAGACGGCGAUCGACAUUUUGGCACAUUGGCUGGACCAAUUAAACUACUAGAUUCGGAAAAGUGUAUCUCGGUUCAACACACCGUACGAAAUAACAUUAUUAACCUCUCUAGAACAUUUAUACUUACAGAUUCGCAGGAGCAGCUCCUGAGCAGGGGUCUGACUUUUGUGCCGACGCCACGGAGGGUGGUUCCUGGAGAGCUCUUGGAAGACGUCCAUGCCUUUUAAUAGAACGUUGAAAUUGUUAGACUAUUUUGAUUAUGAAUCGGAUAUAGAACGUUUACCCUUUCUUAAUAAAUCAAAUUGGACCCCCAAGAUUGAGACAAUUUCUUCACCCAUUUCAAAACUAGUUCAGAAUAAUUACAGGACAGUUACCUUAUUAAAUUCUCCAUUGUUGGAUAGGGAUAAUUUGGAUCGACAUCAGAGAUUAGCUUUGACACAAUUGAAGAACAACAAAGAUAUUGUUAUAAAACCUGCUGACAAAGGCUCGGCUGUAGUCAUAUUGGACAGACAACAAUAUUUGUUGGAAGCUCGUCGACAACUUGACAAUCCAGAUCAUUAUAUUCGAUUACCACACUCGAUACAGAAUCAAACGCAGUCUUUAUUGAUUGUCUUCCAAAAAUUACAGACUAAAGGUUACAUUAAUCAUAAACAAAAAAUGUACCUCAUAGGACCGAAUCCACCACGGCCACGAUGCUUCUAUCUGCUUCCCAAGGUACACAAAGAUCCUAAGGCAUGGACGAUCCCUUUCGAGGUUCCCCAGGGCCGCCCUAUCGUGUCCGAUUGUGGCAGCGAGUCGUACAAUUCAGCACAAUAUGUCGACCAUUUUUUGAAUCCACUUUCUCAAAUUCACGACAGUUAUUUAAAAGACGCGUAUGAUUUCAUAGAGAAGAUUCGGGACAAAUCCUUUCCUGGUCAUGCUUUUCUCUUUACAGCUGACAUCGAAUCACUUUACACCAACAUUGACACUCGAUUGGGCCUUGAGGCAGUCAGAGAGUGCUUCAAUAGACAUCCAGACCCUUGUCGGCCGGAUGAUCUUAUAUUGCAGCUGUUGGAGAUCAACCUGACCAGGAAUGAUUUCGAAUUUGAUAAACAGUGUUAUCUACAGAUCCAGGGUACGGCGAUGGGUAAGAUGUUCGCUCCUUCUUAUGCCAAUAUCUAUAUGGCUUAUUGGGAGCGGACAUUGCAAUCCAAAUUUACGGAAAGGCCUGCUCUCUAUUUCAGGUAUUUGGAUGACCUCUUUGGUGUCUGGUCCCACGGCCCUGAGUCAUUCGAUCGGUAUGUCGCACUAGCUAAUUCACAUCAUGGGACCAUUAGACUAAAAGCCCACGUACAUAAUGAUUCGGUAGAUUUUCUGGACACUACAGUGUUCUUUUCGCCUAUGUCUGAGAAUAAGAAGACAUUAUUGACGAAAGUGUAUUUCAAACCGACCGAUACACAUUGUCUUCUUCACAAACAUAGUUUUCACCCUAGACAUACAUUUGCAGGGUUGGUCAAAUCUCAACUGAUUCGUUUUUAUAGAAUCUGUUCCAGACGGGAGGAUUUUGAAGGAGCCACUCUGACUCUUUUCAGAGCCCUUCGUAAGAGAGGCUACUCCAAAAGGUUCCUCCGUAAAAUAAAAAAUCAUACUGUACACUUUCUACAUAGCCAGGAGCCGACCUUGGGUACCGACACCAGAGAUGUCAUCCCUUUCAUUACUACAUACAACAUCCGUUCUAGAAUGGUCAACUUUAGCAUAAAAAAUCAAUUUCAAAAGGUUCAGAGUAAACACUUACCGCUGCAAAGGUUUCAUGUUGUCUCCGCCUACAGGAAAAACCAGAACUUGAAGGAUUUGUUGGUCAGAUCUUCGCUUCCUUCGGAUCCUGUGGCAGCACCUCCGACUUGGACAAAGUAUUUCCGCCAGCCUAAAGUCCUGUGGACCGAUCCUAGGGGACAUGUUGCUUUACCUCGCAUAACCUUAUUGACUCGGAAUGUUGUAUAUUUGAUAACCUGUACUCAUUGUGAUCACCGAUAUGUGGGGGAAACGGGCAAAACACUACAGACACAACUGAAACAACAUCUUCGUAACAUUAACCUUCAGAAUCUCAACACACCAUUAGUAAAACAUUUUGCUUCUAUAGAUUUGUCUUAUUUCAUUAUUUCUGGAUUGGAGGCGAAUUUUCUAUGGUCUUCUGGGGAAAGGAAACGGAGGGAGAUGGUUUGGAUAAGGGAUUUGAACACCUCUUUUCCGUGUGGGUUCAAUAUUGGGGAUCGGGUAUGGGCUGAAGUGGGAGAUCCUGUUUGGUAAUUCAUGGUCUAGAUUGUACACCCCCCCCCCCUUUCUGUUUUCUUUGAAGUGAUGUGAUGGUAUAUUUGACUUUUGGAGUGAUUAGUAUGAAAUUUGAUGGUUGGCACUUAUACUUUAGCACUUGGAGACCAUGUAGAGCCAUACAGAUUCACCGUACUGAAUAAUAUCCU